AUGGUCGUCACUCUCCCUCUUCCCAGCCAAGUCGUACGAUACUUUCCUCAAGAAAUGGUCAGCUUCCUGCAAUGGUUUGCAUUCUGGUCGUUCUCUGGACUCCUCAUCAUACCUUGGCUCAUCUGCGUCUAUCAACUUGUCACUCACUCUGUUGGGAGAACAAAGCGCAUCAAACAUGUCCUUGAUGAGGAUUCGGCUCCCAAGGUUGUCAUCGUCAUGCCUUGUUAUAAAGAGAUUCCCGAGAUCCUACUCAGAACCGUCGACUCUUUGGCCGAUUGUGAAUACCCUCCCUCUUGCCUCCACAUUUUCCUUUCCUUUGACGGAGAUCAAGAGGACGAACUUUACCUCAAGACCAUCGAGCAACUAGGUGUUCCCCUGACGCUUGACACGUACCCCAAGAGUAUCGACGUUACCUACAGAAGCACCCGUGUGACCAUCUCUCGUUUCCCACACGGUGGAAAGCGACACUGUCAGAAGAGAACAUUCAAGCUGAUCGACAAAGUCUAUGCCGAAUACCUCAAACGCAAUGACAAUCUCUUUGUUCUCUUCAUCGACUCCGAUUGCAUUCUGGACAAAGUGUGCAUUCAAAACUUCAUGUAUGAGAUGGAACUCAAGCCCGGAAGCAAGAGAAACAUGCUGGCCAUGACUGGAGUCAUCACCUCUACAACGGAGAAGAACAGUCUGAUCACAGUUCUGCAAGACAUGGAGUAUAUCCACGGUCAAUUGUUCGAGCGAUCAGUCGAGUCGGGCUGUGGUGCUGUCACCUGUUUGCCAGGAGCGUUGACGGUCCUGCGUUUCUCUGCUUUCAGAGCAAUGGCCAAAUACUACUUUGCGGAUAAGGCAGAACAGUGUGACGACUUGUUCGACUAUGGUAAGUGCCAUCUGGGAGAAGACAGGUGGCUCACCCAUCUCUUCAUGAUUGGCGCCAAGGAGAAAUAUCAGAUCCAGAUGAACACUGGUGCCUUCUGCAAGACAGAGGCUGUACAGACAUACCAGAGUCUGCUCAAACAACGUCGACGAUGGUUCCUUGGGUUCAUCACCAACGAGGUGUGUAUGCUUACAGACAUCCGUCUUUGGAAGCGCUACCCCGUUCUCUGUCUGGUCCGAUUUGCACAAAACACCAUUCGAACCACUGCUCUCCUUUUCUUCAUCAUGGUAAUCUCUAUCAUCACAACAUCUCAGAAGAUCUCCAACUUGCCCGUCGGGUUCAUUGCUGUAUCUCUCGGCCUCAACUGGGUUCUGAUGCUGUACUUUGGUGCCAAGCUUGGGCGAUACAAGAUCAUGAUGUACCCUAUAAUGUUCGUCAUCAACCCCUUCUUCAACUGGGCAUAUAUGGUAUACGGCAUUUUCACUGCAGGACAGAGAACUUGGGGUGGGCCGCGUGCCGAUGCUGGUGCUGCAAACUCUACAACCACACCACAAGCUGCCAUCGAACACGCAGAAGCGACUGGCGAUGAUCUCAAUGUCGUGCCAGAAACCUUCAAGCCAGCAGUCGAAGCAAUCACACGCAAGAAAUCUGUCAAGAACAAGAACGUGCUUCCAGAUCAGCACCUCGAGGGCAAGUUUGCAGCACCCGAGCUCAUGCCUGGUGGAUGGUACAAGCAAGCGGCCGAUUCAACCAAUACUCUUCCAGACAUCGCUCAUCAUCCUGCAAUGCGCAGAAUGAGUUGGGAGUCGGGAGUGACUGCCACUUCAGGUGUCAACUCGGUCUACCUUCCACGACGAAUCGAAUCGAUCAUGGGACCCGAAGAUCAGAAUUUGUACCACAAUGCACAAGCCCAUCAAAGGCCGGCUGGUGGACUGCAUUACGAGCAAGAAGAGUACGAGACCACCCGACAUGACACGGGAACAACCCUUAAGGGGGGUCAUUCGGUGUCAGUACAAUCGGCGAGUGACGACGAAUCGACAUAUGGGCAUGGUCGAAUGAACUCGGACAAUAGCGACAUGAGUAUGGCACACGGAAAAGCUCUGGCGGGGACAGAGAAAGUACUAGCGUACCCUGGAAGAACAAGACAGGCGCAUGACCAUGGAAGCAACCGCAGCAGGACAGGCAAAAGUCCAUUGGCGCGAAGAAGCUUUGUCAGAUCCGCGUCGGACUUGCUGCCAGACAUGGCCGAGGCUCAAGGAGAACAAGCGAUAGAGAUGAGGGAGCAAGGGAUUGGUCUCAUGGACCCUCGAGCCAGAAGUAUUAGCCCCCUAGGCCCCCAGGCGCAAAGUGUACCUACACCAGCGUCAGCGCCAGCACCUGCAGCUACUACCGCACCCGCUCCUCAGAUUCCACCCUCACCAACGGAGGUGACAGAAGACAAGAGCAAAAAGGAGCGGAAAAGGUUGAGUAAGGCGAGACCCGGUAGCAGUGGAAGCGGAAAAUAG